AUGCCUCAGAGACACGGCGAAGAGCGUGUACUGAACGUAUUUGCUGAUAUCCAUUACUACUUCUCCCCGCCAACUCCCAAACCCAUUCACCAUCGCUUUGAUAAGGGUUCCUACCUCUACGUCUAUCGUAAUCACCACCAAAACAGCUCCAGGCUUGAGAUUGCCAACAACCCUGGAACUCCUGACCAAGAUGCAUUUGAAGGGUCAUUUCACAAUGCGCAUAUACGGCAUUCCGUUCGAUUUGGGUCUCACUGCACAUUGACAGUGAAUGCUCGGCCAGGUUCCGGCUCCUUGAGGGGUGAAUGGCAACUACCGAUACUGGACCCAAGCAGCAGACAACAUAAUGUUGCCCUACUUCACACUCUUGACAUCUACUUCUGGUCAAAGGAGGAUUCAAAUCUGUUUCUGGACAUAGUCAGUCGCUUUCUAUCCCCGGAUCAGAUAGAAACAGACCGAGCUCCAGACUUGCAAAUCAGUUCCGUGGUUCAGAAGCUUGAAAAUGUGGCCGUCUCAGAUCCAGCAUAUCAGAACGGACAAACACGCAAUUCUCGAUCCGAGCCUCUAGCCCCAGUUUCAGUUGCAGCUGUAUCAAGCGUGCAAACCACCCCUCAAAGUCUCAGUUUCCCACCACCUCCAGCUGGCCUUGUAGCUGAGCAACAGGAAACUCAGAAUUCCGUAUACCAAACCCCUACAGAGGAGAAGAGGGACUCUGGGGCCUUCGCUCCUCUCCCAUAUAACCCGGCAGCUCCGGCAGCACCAGAGCCGAUCAAGCACCGCGAGAAAACCCCACCUCCCGAGGAUGGCGCCGCAGGCACCGGGCUCGCAGCAGCAGCAGCAGCCGACCAGGGACAGGGUCUUGGGUAUCCAAGUCAACCUCAAGGGCCCAGUGUUGUCGGAAUCAGUUCAUUCGCACCUCCUCCAACCUCAGUGCAGGGAAUACCAUACUCAAAUGUGCCAACAGGCUACGCUUCUCCACCUCCCAGUGCCGGCCUCCCAUACCAGACAUCAUUUGGACCAACAAUGCAGAACCCGGGCUUCCCAUCAUACCAACAACCCUUCCACUCAGUAAUCGGAUCUCAGUGGAACCCAGGUACUCCCGCGUCAAUUUCCAUGACGCCACAAGACCACAAUGCAUAUAUGUACGGACAACAGAUGCCCGGCACAUCGCAGCAAUCAUCACUUCAGCGCUCUGCGACGCUGCCAAUCGGUGGAUACUCGAACUCGUCUGAGGCCCAAUCACAGCCGCAGCCAAAGCAAGCGGAAACUUCCGAAUAUGACAUCCAUAGCCAGGUGUACCGACCGACAGAGGUAGAAUUUGGUUCACAAGCCGGUAUUGAAAAGUAUGCGAAGAAAUCGUCGAAGAAUUCCUCACGCCCGCGGAAAUUGGAGGAUAAAGCGGAGAAGCUGGAGAGUCGCGCGAACCGAUUUCUGAAGAAGUUGGAGAAGAAACUGUGA